GCAACAAUGAAACGGCUGCGUUUAACUGUUAAGAAACAGCACCUCUAGGCCUACCGCUGCUGCAAGAAUUCCUUUUCCAGCCUUCAACUCUUCCACUAAAAAAUUCUCUCUCAAUUUCUCGUCCGCGAUGACCUCCGGCUCCGCUUCAUCACACAAGGCAUUGAGCAAGAUUGCGUGCAAUCGGCUGCAGAAAGAGCUUGUGGAGUGGCAGGUGAAUCCGCCCACCGGUUUUAAGCAUAAACCUACUGAUAAUCUCAAGAGAUGGGUAAUUGAAGUCUAUGGAGCGCCGGAGACACUUUAUGCCGGUGAAAUGUACCAGCUUCAGGUUGAUUUUCCGGAGCAUUACCCAAUGGAAGCGCCGCAGGUUAUAUUUGUUCCUCCGGCGCCUCUUCAUCCUCACAUUUAUAGUAAUGGCCAUAUAUGUUUAGACAUUCUAUACGACUCUUGGUCGCCAGCAAUGACUGUAAGUUCAAUUUGCAUUAGCAUUCUAUCCAUGCUGUCAAGCUCCACCGCGAAGCAACGUCCAACUGACAAUGACCGCUACGUGAAGAACUGUAAGAAUGGUAGAUCUCCAAAGGAGACGAGAUGGUGGUUCCAUGAUGAUAAAGUAUAAAUACAGAUAAACCUGUAAUAAGCCUAUAUAGGGCUGUAAAAUGUACCAAGCCGCUCACAAGCUAUUUGGAGCUCGGCUCGAAAAAACUAGUUUGAGCUCGUUUAGCAUAAUACUAUUGGCCUCGUUAGCUCUUGGCAAGCUUGUAAAGUAAUUUAAAAAUAAAAAUAAAGUUUGUCAAGUUAUUCACCUGGAAAAUAAAAAUUGGAGCCAUCGAAUUGGAAUGGAAGACUCCAAUUCCAAUUCCAUCGUUUGGUAUCACAAAAUUGUGUAGAAUUGGAAUUGAAUUAUAAUAGUUUUUCAAUUCUAUGAUUUCAUUUCCAUGGUUCCACAAAAGAAUUCAAAUUCCAACAUUUCAAUUCCACGGGUCAAAACUUAAAAACACGCAGAUCUAUUCGGGUCAAAUUAGUUAAACGGGUCAGAAUUAUUUUCUCCCAAUUCACUCAGCAUCUAUCUCCUCUCUUCGCGACUGCCCUUUUCUCUGCAGAUUCGCCUACUCCAUCUCUGUUCAAACGAUUCAUCAGGUAAUUAUUCCCCAUCAAAAAUUCAGAUUUAUCACCAUCUUCUUAUGUCAUGGUGUGUAUUUUCGGGUUUCUGCUUUUGAAUUUGCGAAUUUGUAUAGUUAAAUUUCCUUUUCUUUUUUUAAAAAAAUCUGCCAAUUUAUUUUUCAGAUUUCGAUUGUUAGCUAGGGUUGAUUGUGUUGAAUUGAGCUUUAUCUUAGCCGACGUUUUUUGGCUUUUGGGCUUCUAUCUAGGGUUUUUCGGUUGAACUGUUGACUGGUUACUUUAUACUUUUGCUUGCAAUUAUUUUCCUGAUUUCUUGGCAAUGUCUGUUUACGAACCUGUGAAAUUGCGUGAGUUAGGAUUUAGGACCUGAGAGAUAUGUUUUGAAUUGAAUAUGAUUUGGGAUAUGAAUGCAUGUGCUGAACAUCUCAAAGAUGUUGGAUUGAUUGAAGUUGCUCAAAAGCUAGUCAUUUAAUUAUUGAGUAGGUCAUAGUUACAGAUUCGAAGUUGUGUUAUGAGCUCUGAAAUUCUUGUUCCAAUCUCAAGAAGAACUUGGAAGAACUUCCUUACAUUCAUAUUUUGCUAGAAACACAAAUGUAAGGCAUUUAUGAGCUUUCACUCUUUAUGUUGAGUUAUUUAACAAAACUUGAGAUCAUCCUGCUAUUAUGAUUCUAUUCGGUGGUCUCAGGAAGAAGGUUUAUUCAAUUGUAUAUAGAGGUGUUGAUUUGAUUUGUGGGCUAUGAUCUUUUUUGGUGGAGGGUUAUAGGGUUGAGAUGAUUUAUGUAUCAAAAUUAGGUAAUUGUGAUUGCAAUUAUGGCUGAUGCAAUUAUAUCAAUUCAUGAAGAAUAUUCAGUUCUACAUAAUCAUUGAUGUUAGAUAGUUGCUACUCUUCCAUUUUCCUAUCAGGUUAACACUGAUGUUUGAAGUUUGAACAGGGAAAUAUAGAGUCUUUGAGCUUCAAUGGAUCAUGUUAGGAAUUUGUGUUGAUGUUAGGAAUUUGUCUUGGAGCUUCAAUGGAUCAUUGGUUUCUUGCAGCCACAGAUUGAAGCCAAAAUGUUUGUUUCAGAAACUGAAAGUUGAUAACCUUUUUUUAGAUAAUUAUAGUUGGAGGAAAUUUGAUUCUCUACAUAGUUGAAAUCAGGCCAUCUUUUGGAUUUCUGCAUUGAUAUAUACAGAAUUUAAUGUUAAUCAGGUUCUAAUGGUCACUUCCA